UUCAGAUUAUAAACGUUUUUCACAUAUGUAUGUUUUAAAAUUUAAAGCUUUUAAAAAGUACGGUAGAAUGCAACAAUGUGCUUGAAUUUGUUUGCAUCUUCGUCAGCUUAUUCGUUUGCAGGCUAGAAAAAUGGCGAACAGCCAUCAAAAUACUGGGCCCGAAUCGCGGUAGUCGUGAACGAGCGACCAUUCGAGUCGAGCAAAAUUUCGUGACGUGUAGAAUGACCGGAUCGCCGCAGUCGAAACCUAACGAAUCGAAAUUAUUUAGUUCCAAACUUGCCUUCCACUUGUGGAUGACGAAAAAGAAAUGUCAACACAAAGCAAAAGAAUCAAAACGAAAUUACAUUUAUCUGUGAUGCGUUAUAUUUAAAGAAAACUUUACUAAAAAAUUAUAUUUGCAUCAAUAAGGAUGGAUCCCGUAGUAUUUUUUUAUUUAACUUCUUCGGAGUUAGAAGAUGAAAGCAACUGCGCAGCCGCAAGGAGACAGAUGCGUGAAAGAAGCAAUCCUAUGGCUUUGUCGGCAGAAGCUUUCAAAAAACGGUUCAGACUAAACAAAAGCGGGUUCGAGUAUGUGCUUUCACGUCUGCAAUUUAAAGGACAUUUGUCAACAUCGGUCCCACCAGUGCUACAAUUAGCGGCAACUUUAUCGCUUUUGGCCAGUGGAGGUUUCCAAAAUGCAGUUGGCAACGAUUACUUGAUUGGAUUAGGCCAAAGCUCAGUUUGCGAACUAGUGUGGAAUGUGGUCAAUGAAUUGGAAACAAAGCUGUGCCCCCAUUUUAUAAAAUUUUCCCCUGAACGCUUUUCUCAGUGCGCGGAAUCAUUUGUACAAAAAUACAAAAUUCCCGGAGUUAUUGGAUGCAUUGACGGAACACAUUUUGGGCUACAAAAACCAACUCACAACGAGCACAUGUUUUUCAACCGUAAUGGAUAUCACAGCAUCAAUUCUAUGAUAAUUUGUGACCAUGAAUACAGGAUAUUGGCCAUUGAUUCAAAAUAUGGUGGAGCCGCUCAUGACUCUUUUGUGUGGAAGCAUUCAGCACAAAGGCAAUUUUUGGAAGAGCAAUAUAAUCUUAACAAUUUGAAGAACGCUUGGCUUUUAGGAGAUUCGGGAUAUCUUUUAGAGCCAUGGUGUUUAACGCCUUACAGAAAUCCUGAAGAAGAUUCAAAUCGAGCGCGAUUCAAUGAGGUUCAUGCAAAAGCUAGGUGUAUUGUUGAAAGAACAAUAGGAAUUCUUAAAGGUCGCUUGAAAAUCCUCAGCAAUGGCAAGAGAAGUCGUUAUAGGCCAGAAAAAAUAGCGAAGUUCGGCAGUGUGUGUGCAGCGUUGCAUAACGUAUGCAUACAAUUUAAAGAUCCGUCAUAUUGCAGAUAUAACGUAUGCGAAAAUAUUGAAACAGAAGUGGAUAUUGGAAACGAAACUCAUUUAACGAAAAUCUACCAAAAAAUAAGAGAUCAAAUAAUGCUCUCGUUAUCGAAUACUAUUUAGUUAUAACACUAUACACAAGAAUUCAUUCACCACUUUAUUUAUUUCUAAAGAAAGGAAAA